AAUGCAACAAUAUGCUAUGUAUGUAUGAAAGUAGAUGUUUGAGAUAUGUAAAUACAUAAGAAUUUUGCGCUACGGUUGUAUAUUUUCCUAGUUAUUGUUGUAUAAUUUCUUCUCCCGUGUCUUCUAACAAUUUGGUGCUCAUGAAGAGUGCCGCUUGUCUAAAUUCAUCAUCCGAAGAUACUGGAAAGGGACAGAGCAGGUUUUCGAGUAAUAAAGUGAAGCAUGGAUUCCACAUGAUUGAAGGAAAAUCUGGUCAUGAUAUGGAAGAUUAUAUCGUAGCUGAGUACAGAUAUGAGAACAAUCAUGAACUUGGCCUGUUUGCUAUUUUUGACGGUCAUUUGGGAGAUGGAGUGCCGAGCUUUUUGAAAGAUAAUCUUUUCAAUAAUAUACUUAGAGAGCCACUUUUCUGGACAGACCCUUCUGCAGCUAUAAAACAUGCUUACCUUUCCACAAACAAAUUUAUUUUAGAAAAUUCAUCACAACUGGGUCCUGGGGGUUCGACUGCAGUGACAGCUAUUGUGGUUGAUGGCAAAGAUAUGUGGAUUGCAAAUGUAGGAGAUUCCAGAGCUGUUCUUUGUGAAAGAGGAACAGCGAAUCAGAUCACUGUCGACCAUGAACCUGAUGCUGAGCGGCGAAAUAUUGAGGAGCGGGGUGGUUUUGUAACACUUUUUCCUGGUGAUGUUCCUCGUGUUAAUGGCCAACUCGCAGUCGCACGUGCUUUCGGCGAUCAGAGCCUGAAGGCUCAUUUAAGCUCCGAACCCGAUGUUAGACAUGUCCCCAUCGACUCGACAAUGAAAUUUGCGAUUCUUGCAAGUGAUGGUCUAUGGAAGGUAAUAAAGAACAAUGAAGCAGUCAAUCUGGUGAAAUCCAUCCGAGACCCACAAGCGGCAGCGAAGCGGCUAACAGCCGAAGCGUUGGCAAGGAAGAGCACCGAUGAUAUUUCGUGCAUUGUUAUUCGAUUCAGAUCUUGAAAAUGAGAAACUAAUCUGUCAAAGAUUAACCCAAUUGAUGUGAUUUGGUUCAGCCUCCAUAGUUCAAAUCUGAAUAAUGAAGUUAGACAUUCUUUAGCAUCCCUCUGCAUGGCCAUACCAUUAACAAUGAUGCUCACGGUCGGUCACAGGGCUGGGAAUUAGUCCAUAGAACUUGAGAUUGCAGGUGGAUCUGUAAAUGUUCUUAGUGUAUAUUGUGAUAGUGGUUGGGAUUUUUUCUUUUUUUUUCUUUUCAAGAUUUACAUGCAUACCACUCAAUUCUUAUG